CGAGAUUGUGUAGAAAUUUCAAUUAUUAUAUUGAAGAUAAAAAAAUAAUGUGUAAGAGAAAGAUAGUAAAGUAUUGCGCAAGUCGGAACAUUUGGUGAAUGAUGCGGAGUAUUGAUACGAGACAGAACUAAACCGAGUAAGAGUCCUACGCUCACAUGCUAAGUCUAAAGGGCAAUGUAAUGAAUAAGUUAUUAUCUUAUUGUCAAUACGCUUGCGCAUGUCAGAGGAACUUGUCAAAUACAAACGCAUUCGUGUGUAAUCAUCGUAAAAGUAAACUUUAUUUCUACAAAUCUCAACGCUUGUUUACAUCUGCCACAUCUGCCAAGUGUAGCAUAUGAAAUAAUUAGUUUUAUGACUCAAUAGUAUGCGAUAUAAUAAUUUAAAAAUUUUACAAGAAGAUAUAAAUAAUUUACCUGAUAACAACAAUGACGACGUCUAAUAGUGUGGCCGCCCGGCAAUCAUUAAUUAACAUUAGCAAAAAGCUAGACAAAGUGAACGCUGGAAUAAUAACAUCUUGUAUUGUCGGCAUGUCAUUAUCUUACUACGCAUAUAUUGUUGAGACAACCAAAGAGAAAGAUCAUAAUUACAUGGCAAUGUGCGAUAUCAGCGAGCGAGUCAGUUGCACCAAAGCUUUUAUGUCUGAAUAUGGCAAAGGAUUUGGUCUCAUUCCAAAAUCAUCAAUUUUUUAUUUACCGAAUAGUAUCUAUGGACUGGUGUUCUAUGGAAUAGUUUUUGCUUUAAAUAUUUUUAACAAAUACGGCUUAGCUGUAAUAACAAUUGUCUUGACCGCCUCAUCAAACUUGAGCUCCAUUUAUCUGGCUUGGAUUCUUUGGAAAUUGAAUGACAUUUGCAUCAUAUGUAUUAGUACCUACAUUGUCAAUUUAAUUCUUGUGAUUCUCAGUUACAACAAACUGUCAUACAUUCGUCAACAGUUAUCAGUAACCGUUGGACCAAAAACUACUGGAUAUAAAACUACUCAUAAAAAGAAGAGACAUUAGAUCAAUUAUAAAUUUUUUGUUUUUUUAUUUAUUAAUUUUCAGUUUAGAUUUU